AAAAAAAAACUUCAGCUGCUCGUCUUUUCUCUCUCUUCUCUUCUCAGUAACAUUAAGAGCGUUUAUCUUCAUAACGAAUGAUGCCUCGAUUAAUGAGCUUGGUUAUUAAUUUAAUUGGACUCUAUUCAAAUAUUUAUGCGUUAAAAAAUCUCAAUAAGCCUCCUUUUGAAAAUCCAGCUUUUCUAGGUUUUGGAGGAAAAUAUCAGUUUUUGACUAUACUAGGCUUAACUAUAGCUACCAUCGCGUUUGGUUUGAAGGUGAUACGUUUUUUUGUGCCUCGAUUUUCUCCAGUUAUCUAUGCAAUCGUGACAAAUAUAGCAACUCCGAUGGAGGGACUUAUAAGUGUUCUUUAUUGGACGAUGAUGCUUGUGGAUCCCAAUCUUCUUUUACCAAAGGAUUCUCCGGGUAUUCCUUUACUACUAGACCUCACUUUACAUCUCUUCCCUGCACUUUUUUUGUGGAUUGACUUUCUCGUCUUUGAUAUCGAGUUUAAGCGAUCUAAUGCGCAUGUCGGAACCAUUGCUAUCUUUUCUAUUUUUUACUUCUUCUGGUCGUGGUACUGUCAAUUUAAGAACGGAUUCUGGGUCUACCCUUUUUUAGAGGCCUUUUCAUUGCCUUUGCGACUAGGUUUCUUUGUAGGUUCAGGCACUUUAUGCUGGUGUAUGUAUGAAUUAGGUGCCAUCAUUCACAGUAAGCUCCAUGAUAAUUCCAGUGCCACGACUGCUGCUCUUCAACCAUCAUUUGUAUUGAACAAGAAAGAAGCAUGAUCGAAUUAUAAAAAAUCUCUUGAAUUUGACGUCAUAGGACAGAAUAAUUAGUGGAGAAAGGAAGCCUCCCUCUUCUUAAUUCCGAAAUAGAGUGUUUCAACUGCUAUUUCAGACUUUUCACAAAUUUUAUUGGACAUUAUUAAAUCUCAAUUGAGACAACUUUCAAUUAUUUUACGAUGAAG